AUGCAUCCAGUCUGCGUGAAUGUCAGAGGAUCAGAUGUGACUUUUCUCUCCAUCAUCACCCCUAUGAACUGGACUGAAGCCCAGAGCUACUGCAGAGCUAACCACACAGACCUGGCCAGUGUGAGGAACAUGACAGAGAACCGGAUGGUACUGGCUGCUGGAGGAAACCGUCCCUGGGUCUGGAUCGGCCUUUUCAGAGACUCCUGGAAGUGGUCAGAUGGACGAACCUCCUCAUUCAGCUUCUGGAAGACCGGGCAACCUGAUGACAAGAACGGGAACGAGGCUUGUGUGGCUGCAGACUUCAGCCAAUCAGGAGCCUGGGAGGACUGGUCCUGUGACAUGGAGAGAGCGUUCAUUUGCUACGGUCCAGCGGUUCCUGUUUCAAAGAAAGUGCUGAAAGUGAAGUUUGAGAACAAGAACAAUGUGGAUCUGAAUGACCCUGCUGUGAUGGAGGCCAUGUUGAAGCAGGUAAAUCAGGUUUUAUACUUUUAUACUAAAACAGAACAACCAAAUGACUCUUAAAAGCAAAUUAAAAGAAGAUAAAACUUUAUUCACCUUCCAGCAUUAAAGAAACCGUGUGAGGAGG